AUGGAAGCGCUGACGCUGUGGCUUCUCCCCUGGAUAUGCCAGUGCGUGUCGGUGCGGGCCGACUCCAUCAUCCACAUCGGUGCCAUCUUUGAGGAGAACGCGGCCAAGGACGACAGGGUGUUCCAGCUGGCCAUCUCGGACCUGAGCCUCAACGAUGACAUCCUGCAGAGCGAGAAGAUCACCUACUCCAUCAAGGUCAUCGAGGCCAACAACCCGUUCCAGGCCGUGCAGGAAGCCUGCGACCUCAUGACGCAGGGGAUCUUGGCCCUGGUCACGUCCACGGGCUGCGCACCGGCCAACGCCCUGCAGUCGCUCACCGAUGCCAUGCACAUCCCACACCUGUUCGUGCAGCGCAGCCCGGGGGGGUCCCCGCGCACCGCCUGCCACCUGAACCCCAGCCCCGACGGGGAGGCCUACACGCUGGCCUCCAGGCCGCCCGUGCGCCUCAACGACGUGAUGCUCCGGCUGGUGACGGAGCUGCACUGGCAGAAGUUCGUCAUGUUCUAUGACAGCGAGUACGAUAUCCGUGGUCUCCAGAGCUUCCUGGACCAGGCCUCGCGGCUGGGCCUCGACGUCUCGUUGCAGAAGGUGGACAAGAACAUCAGCCACGUGUUUACCAGCCUCUUCACCACGAUGAAGACGGAGGAGCUGAACCGCUACCGGGACACGCUGCGCCGGGCCGUGCUGCUGCUCAGCCCGCAGGGGGCGCACUCCUUCAUCAACGAGGCCGUGGAGACCAACCUGGCUUCCAAGGACAGCCACUGGGUCUUUGUCAACGAGGAAAUCAGCGACCCGGAGAUUCUGGACCUGGUCCACAGCGCCCUCGGCAGGAUGACCGUGGUCCGGCAGAUCUUCCCAGCGGCCAAGGACAACCAGAAGUGCAUGAGGAACAACCACCGAAUCUCCUCCUUGCUCUGUGACCCCCAGGAGGGCUACCUCCAGAUGCUGCAGAUCUCCAACCUGUACCUGUACGACAGCGUCCUGAUGCUGGCCAACGCCUUCCACCGGAAGCUGGAGGACCGGAAGUGGCACAGCAUGGCCAGCCUCAACUGCGUCCGCAAGUCCACCAAGCCCUGGAACGGAGGGAGGUCCAUGCUGGACACGAUCAAGAAGGGCCACAUCACCGGCCUCACGGGGGUCAUGGAGUUUCGGGAGGACAGCUCCAAUCCCUACGUCCAGUUUGAGAUCCUGGGCACCACCUACAGUGAGACCUUCGGCAAAGACAUGCGCAAGCUGGCGACCUGGGACUCGGAGAAGGGCCUGAACGGCAGCCUGCAGGAGCGGCCCAUGGGCAGCCGCCUUCACGGACUCACGCUCAAGGUGGUGACAGUCUUGGAAGAGCCUUUCGUGAUGGUGGCUGAGAACAUCCUCGGGCAGCCCAAGCGCUACAAAGGCUUCUCCAUCGACGUCCUGGACGCCCUGGCCAAGGCGCUGGGCUUCAAGUAUGAGAUCUACCAGGCCCCCGACGGCAGGUACGGCCACCAGCUCCGCAACACCUCCUGGAACGGGAUGAUCGGGGAGCUCAUCAGCAAGCGCGCGGACCUGGCCGUCUCGGCCAUCACCAUCACGCCCGAGCGGGAGAGCGUGGUGGACUUCAGCAAGCGCUACAUGGACUACUCGGUGGGGAUCCUGGUCAGGAAGCCCGAGGAGAAAAUCAGCGUCUUCUCUCUCUUUGCUCCGUUCGACUUCGCCGUCUGGGCCUGCAUCGCGGCCGCCAUCCCCGUGGUUGGGGUGCUGAUAUUCGUGCUGAACCGGAUACAGGCUGUGAGGGCUCAGACCGGGGCCCAGCCCCGGCCGUCGGCGUCUGCCACCCUGCACAGUGCUAUCUGGAUCGUCUACGGAGCCUUCAUGCAGCAAGGUGGGGAGUCCUCCGUGAACUCUGUGGCCAUGCGGAUCGUGAUGGGGAGCUGGUGGCUGUUCACCCUCAUCGUGUGCUCCUCCUACACGGCCAACCUGGCUGCCUUCCUCACUGUGUCCAGGAUGGACAACCCCAUAAGGACAUUCCAGGACCUGUCCCAGCAAGUGGAGCUGUCGUACGGCACCGUCCGGGACUCGGCCGUGUACGAGUACUUCCGGGCCAAGGGCACCAACCCCCUGGAGCAGGACAGCACGUUCGCCGAGCUCUGGCGGACCAUCAGCAAGAACGGCGGGGCUGACAACUGCGUGGCCAGUGCCUCAGAAGGCAUCAGGAAGGCCAAGAAGGGGAACUACGCCUUCCUGUGGGACGUGGCGGUGGUGGAGUACGCGGCCCUGACGGACGACGACUGCUCCGUGACCGUUGUGAGCAACAGCGUGAGCAGCAAGGGCUACGGCAUCGCGCUGCAGCACGGCAGCCCCUACCGGGACCUCUUCUCCCAGAGGAUCCUGGAGCUGCAGGACGCCGGGGACCUGGACGUGCUGAAGCAGAAGUGGUGGCCGCACACGGGCCGCUGUGAACGCGCCACCCACGCCGGCGCCCAGGCCGACGGCAGGGCCCUCAAGCUGCACAGCUUCGCCGGAGUCUUCUGCGUCCUGGCCAUCGGCCUCCUCCUGGCCUGCCUGGUGGCUGUCCUGGAGUGGUGGUGGAGCAGCAACCGGUGCCACCAGGAGACCCCCAAAGAGGACAAAGAAGUGGACCUGGAGCAGGUGCACCGGCGCAUGAACAGCCUCAUGGACGAGGACAUUGCCCACAAGCAGAUCUCCCCGGCGUCCAUUGAGCUGGCGGCCUUGGAGCCCACGCGGGAGUACGCCAACCCCCAGCUGUCCGUCAGCACCUUCCUGCCCGAGCAGGGCGGCCCCGGCGCCGGCCGGACUCUGUCGGCGGGGCCCAGCAGCAGCCUGCCGCUGCCGCUCAGCAGCUCGGCCACCAUGCCCGCCAUGCCCUGCAAGCAUCGCUCGCCCAACGGGGGGCUGUUCCGCCAGAGCCCGGUGAAGACCCCCAUCCCCAUGUCCUUCCAGCCCGUGCCUGGGGGCGUCCUCCCGGAGGCCUUGGACACCUCCCACGGCACGUCCAUCUGA